AAGCAGCAGUCUCAUAGUGCACAUGUUCUGUCAGGCUCAUGAAAUGGAUUCAGUUUAUGCAAAUUCUAGUUUCAUGCUUCCAACAGUUGCAUCAGGUGAAAAACCCUCUCAACGCAACGCCACUCAAAUGCAAGAAGGAGAGCGAGAAGUUACUUCCCCAAAGCCGACUAAAGUUCUUCUGAUUGUUCUGGGUUUCUCUCUUGUUUUUGCUCUCGGAGGUCUCUGCGCACUGGGGAUGCUUUAUAAUAACAAGCUUGACGAAUCAGUGAAUGACCAGCACAUGCUUUCAGUGGAACUGUCAGCUCAACAGAUCAACAGCACAAUCAUGAUGAAAGAGUUGAAUGACCUUACAGCCAGAUACAACACACUUAGAAACUGGCUUUCAUUUUACAAUGCUCAGGUUUGUAAUCUCUCUGUGGAUGGCUGGAUAGCUUGUCGUGGAAAGCUGUAUUUAUUCAGCUCUGAUAAACUGAACUGGUCAAGCAGUCGAGAUGUCUGUGUUUCAAAAGAUGCCAAGCUGGUCACCAUAACCAACCAAAUAGAACAGGCAAGCCAGAUCAAUUAUGAAUUAACUGAUACUAGUGUGUAAUAAAGACAAAAUUAACUUAAAGCCGGGGCGUAUUCCAGAAAGCAGGUUAUGUGACAUAUCUAGUUAUGUUUAAAUGUUUUAAAAAAAAAAUUUCCAUUUUCUACCCCCUUCAAAGCAUCCGAUUAUUCCUCUUCCAGAAUAAUCUAGUCGAAGUCCUUGCUCUUCCAAGCCUUUCAAUGGGGAAAGAGGGUGUUUGUUGUCAACUGUUCAGAAGAUGUGAAAUAAAGUGCACGCAUCUGUAAUAAAACGUAGCUCACGCAGCUCCGGGGGGUGAAUAAAGCCCCCCUGUGGUGAAUUACAGUUUUUUUACAGAUGCUAGGACACGUUUCUCAAUACUUGGGUCACUUUUGCAAAACUCUUCACACAGUUAUCCUAACCAACUUUCAGCUUGGCAAAGCAGUUCAUUUCACAUUCAAAAUGCACUUCAACUACCAAAACACUUCAUUCAGGUCUCAAAUCAACUCAUUCUUCCAGAACACUAGCAAAGGUUGACAGCCGACAAACACACUUUGUCACCCACAAAACAAUGACCUAAAAAACACUAACAACAUGUAGCAUUAUAAAAUGUUUUAUUGUGUAAAACAAGGACACAUCUCUGUUUAUAAUUCACUGCAGUAUAUGUUACUGGAAUGAAUCAGACAAGAUGCAGAAUUCAUCAAUAUUUUAUGCAGUUUAUUUAUUUUAAUUUUUAUGCACUGAGUAAUUCCAAAAUACAAGAAUUUGUAUACACACCAUCCACUGAUCCAGAUACAAUAGUAAUGCUAAUCUACUAAUUGUCCAAUCGUUUUUAUAUAAUUUAAUUUUAAGAUUUAAAAUAUAUUUCAUUCAAAUAUUACUGUAGAAAUUUAGCAAAUUGCUGUCUUAUCCAGUUUUGUAUUAUGUAAUUGUUUUGAACAUAAGUUUAACAGUUUUGAAAACAGUAUGUAAGCAUGUGCAAAUUGGCUUGUAUGUACAAAGAGUUUUGGCAGUUGUUGUGUCUGAGUGAGAAAAGAAUUCAUGAAAUUUGAGAGAUGUAGUCAUUGAAUACAUUUUGUGCCAAAGCAAUGAUAAUCGAUCCUCAGUUUAGCCCACAUAGACUUCUGUUGUGCUCACUGUGUGAAGAGUUUUGCAAAAGUGACCUAAGUAUUGAGAAAUGUGUCCUAGCCUCUAGGACUGUAAUUCAACCAAACGUAAUAACCACUUUUUCUCUCAUUUCUGCUGACUGUGGGGAAUUAGAAGACUCCCAUCUUCAUUUUCUCCAACUUCAAAAUUGUCCUACAUCACAGAAAAAGUACCGACCCAGUGUUUACAGAGUUGAACAUGCAAAGAAGGCCUUUGCAAAAAUCGGUUAAACAGCAAUAUAUGAUGACUUAAAGUGAUUUUGAAGUUGGAAGAGAAAAUGAGAUGGGAGUUUUCGACAAGCUAGACAAGACAAGCGUUUGAGGUUAAAGUAUAUAAAUUAGUUUUUGUUUUUUUAAUGAUCUAACGUUUCGCUAAAUAAGACCCUUCUUCCUCGACUGGCAUCUUGUAGAGCCAUUUGAAGCUGCACUGAAGCUGCAAUUUGGACCUUCCACCCAGUGAACCCCACUGAAGUCCACUAUAUAGAGAAAAACCCUGGAAUGUUUCCCUCAAAAAUAAGGACAUUUUAAUUCAGAAUUUUCUUUCAAGAAUUAACACUUAAACGUUAACAUUGCUAUCUCAUAACCAUAAUUACCACACAGCAAUCUUAAACAAUAAAAUUAAUUGAAGCAGUUAAAAUUACUAAAGUUUAAAUUAAGUCAAAAAUUCCUGAAUUACGUAUAAUUACAGACCUCUGGAUGUUUUCUUCAUGUUAGCAAGUUCUCUGAGGCCUUAGUGUUCCCCAGCAUUACAGUCCAACAGAGAUCUAAGGAUCAAUAAAAAAACAAACCUUUAAGUUAUUGAGUACACAGCGGUGUGGCAUACUGUACCUUGGUGAGGUUUUUGGGUCAUCAACGUUCUAAAUAAACUGCAUUUGUGUUAUUUAUGCCAUCAUCAUUGUCAGUUUCAUAAAAACUACUUUACAAGGUCAUUUAAGUUUUUAUCACAUAGAUUUUCUUUUUACCUUUACCUAUACCAACAAUUAUUUUGUAUCACUUUUUUUUCUC